AUGUUAAACGUCAUCUGUAUGGUGUCAUUGGUGUUUCUGAUUAAGGCUCUAAAUCAGAGUGAAAGAAUAAAAAUUAAAGUAAUAAGGAAUGGUAUCGACCAUAGAUGUGGAAUUGCACAUUCCUGCCGCAUGGCAAUGAUAUUGAAGCAAGAAUUUUACAAAUUGUCAUUUAUUCGAAGAUUCCAAGGAAUUCCUACUUAACCUAGAAGAAUUUGACAAUUUGAUGUCUUCGCUGUGAAGAGAAUUCAGUCAAACCUUGACAAAAUGAAGUAUACAACCUCGCCUCCGAUAAGUCGCAGCACUUCCCCGUUAUCGUUCAAAUCGGGGUCCCCGCUGCCAAUGCCAGUGACCUACAGACAGGACUGCAUGGGAGCAGCAACAAAGUGCUACAAGUAUCUCAGGAAAUUAUUGAAGUUUGAGCAGAUGGAUUUUGAAUUUGCUCUUUGGCAAAUGUUAUAUCUUUUUACAGAUCCACAAAAAGUGUACAGAAACUUUCAAAGCCGAAAGCAGACAAAGUCCCAAUUCGCCAGGGACGAUCCUGCAUUUUUGGUUCUACUGAGUUGCUGGUUGUGCAUCUCAUCAAUAGGCUUUGCAGUUGUAUCAGGACUAGGAUUUUUCCAAUUUCUAAAAUUCCUGUUCUAUGUCAUUUUGGUCGAUUGUAUUGGAGCAGGGAUAAUUGUAGCCACAUUAUUCUGGUUCGUGAGUAAUCGUUAUUUGAGGAUCAACAAUGUUCAGGAUGUCGAAUGGGGAUACGCAUUUGACAUUCACCUUAACGCGUUUUUUCCACCUCUUACGAUUCUACAUUUUAUACAAUUAUUUUUGUAUAAUGGACUGAUAAGCCACGAGGGAUUCUUUUCUCGAUUCAUUGGAAAUACGUUUUGGCUGAUAGCUGUUAGCUACUACAUUUACAUUACAUUCUUGGGAUACGCUAGUGUACAGAUUCUUCACAAAACACACUUGAUAUUAGCUCCCCUGCCCCUAAUGGUCUUAAUAUAUAUUAUUAGCCUGGCAAUAGGCUUGAACAUCAGCCAUCUUGUCAUGACAUUUUACCUUGAACGAGUUGUUUGAAAUUGUACAUGUUUGAGAUAAGAAUAGAACUAUUAUUGUGGAGUACAUCGUCUGAUUUGCAAAUAAAGAACUUCUGUAUUAUAUA